UCUCUCUGCAUCUCAGUUUUCCCUUCUGCCAAAUGGGAAGACCCUGACCGUGAUUGGGAAGGCCAAGUUACUCCAAGAAGCUUCUAUUAGGCGCCUGCUAGGUGCUGGGCCUUGUGCAGAGACUGGGCAUAUGAAGAGGGACAAAAGCCUGUCCUCGUCCCCCCAGGAGCUUAGAGGCCAGCGGGGAGACGAAGUGCGUACAAAUGGGUGCCAACAAGAUACGGACAGACGGGGCAAAGGUUUGGAGGGGGAAGACUGGACUGCCCAGGUCGGGCACCGCUAGGAGCUGGGAAGCUUUGAGCUCCAUAAUGCCAACCUGGGUUCAGCUGUCGGCUGGAAACCAGUAUCAGUCCCCUACCCCGAGGCGCGCUCCACAAGUACUCGGCUGCGCGCGCGCGUCCCCAAGGGCUUCCUCGGAAGGCGCAGGCGCACGCGAGGCCGGCGGGCUGCCCUGGACGGCGCAGGCGCGGACGGCCAAGUGUCCUCGAACGGCGCAUGUUCGCCCCGUUCGGAACCCUGCGGCCCUGAGCCUCUCUCCCCUGCUCUCCUGUUCCGGCUGCUUGCUCAUUCUCAUUCUUCGUGCUUUGGGACCAUGCCCGAGAAGGAGCUGCCCGCUCGGGGCGCCAGCUACCGGAGAGAGGCGCCGCUGCUCACUGGUGAGACCAGGCAGAUCCCAACUCCAGUCCCUGUGAUCCGCCUUCCCCGAGGCCCAGAUGGCACCAGCCGGGGCUUCAGUGUUGCCCGGGGCCAGGACAGGGCUGGUUCAUUGGUGGAGGUGGCUGAGCAACGGGCACGAGCUGCCCUUCGGGAGCGCUAUCUCCGGAGCAUCCUUGCCAUGGUGGGGCGUCCUGUCCACUUUACCUUGCAUGAGCGUGUCCAGGUGGACGCCCGCUUUGGGGCCACUGACCUCGACGUGGCCAACUUCCAUGUGUCUCAGCUGCAAACGCCCCUUGGGGUGCAGGGGGAGGCCCUGCUACGCUGUGCCGACAUCAUCUCUUACUCUUUCCAGCUGUGAGCCUCCCUCCCCCUCCCUGGGGAUCCCCUCACCCAAGCUGAGCCCUCCACUGCAGACCAGAGAGGAAGGCGGGUCCCAUCCUGAGAUGCAGGGACUGCAGCCUCCCGUGGCUCGGACACGGACAACUCUGGCUGGUGCGAGGCCUGAGGCUUCAGGGGAAUGAACUGGAGUCCGGCUCCCCUUUGAGGGGACCACCAAUAAAACCCUCCCGAGCCACUGA